AUGGCGGAGCCGGCGGGGAGCCCCUCAGCGGCGGAGUCUCCCUCGGUGGCGGCGGCUUUGGAUCCGGAGUUCCCCCCUCAGAGCCGGCCGCGCUCUUGCACUUGGCCGCUGCCCCGGCCGGAGCUGGCGGCGGCCGACACGGAGCCCGGGGCAGCGCCCGGCAGCGGGCUGGGGAGUCCUGAGGAGCCGGCCGGGGUGGCGGCGGCCGGGGCAGCGGCGGCCGCGGCGCCGGGAGGCGGCGGCGGGUCCGGCGGAGCGCGGAAGAGCGGCGGCGGCGGCGGCGGGUCCGGCGGCGGGGCGCGUCGCAACGCCUGGGGCAGCCAGUCUUACGCGGACCUCAUCAGCCAAGCCAUCGAGAGCGCCCCUGACAAGCGCCUGACGCUGGCGCAGAUCUACGAGUGGAUGGUCCGCUCCGUGCCUUACUUCCGCGACAAGGGUGACAGCAACAGCUCCGCCGGAUGGAAGGUGAGUCCCCGGGGGUGGCGAGGGGGCAAGAAGUGGCUUCGUGGGGAAAGGGAGACAGCAGAAAACCAGCCGACAACAACAAAGCAAGAGAACACGCCGCGGGGUUGAUUCGGUUUGUUAUCCACCUACGCCGCUUUACAUUCGUAAAGCAGCUUACAAACAGAAGACAGCAACAGCACAACGUGCCCGCCUAAGUUACUGCACUCGGAGUAGACCCAUCGGAAUCAGCUAACCCAAAUUGAGCCGUACCCAGUUAUUUCGGUGGGGCUGAUCGGGAGUGGGGGUGGCAUAUUAGAUGCAAGCCUAUAUCCACGCCGCUUUCCAUUCGCAUGAAUUGCAAAGUGGCUAGCAAAGAGAAAACAACAACAGCAUAAUGUGCCCCACUAAGUUACUGCACUUGAUAUAAACCCAUCAGAAUCAGCGGGCCGAAACUGAGUCGUGCCCAGUUAUUUCGGUGGGUCUGAACUGGAGUGGAGCUGGCAUAUUGGAUGUGAUCCUGUAAUUUGGGCAGUUCUUCUGCUUAGUAAGGCCACAAGAGAGUGUGCAGGAUCUUAAGUUUUCUCCCGAACCCAUCCAGCGAAGUGGUGAACAAAGCAUCUGGGCUCUCUCGACCCUGCCACCUUCCUUCUCCAGUUUGCUUUGUUCACCAUCUAGCCCAGGGGUAAGCAAACUUUUCCAGCAGGGAGCCGGUCCACUGUCCUUCACACCUUGUGGGGGCCCGGACUAUAUUUUGGGAGAAAUGAACAAAUUCCUAUGCCCCACAAAUAACCCAGAGAUGCAUUUUAAAUAAAAGAACACAUUGUACUCCGGCUGCCAGCCGGAUUGUGAAGGCAAUUUGCCUUAGUUUGCCUACCCAUGAUCUAGCCUGCUGAACAAUUCUGAGGAGCUCCAGUGCCUAUGUGAUGUUUUUGCCAUUCCAAAUAAUAGCAAAUGGUUCAGAUUUGGAUUUUGGAUACUUUUCUUAUGGUCCAUUGUGGCUACAUUUUAUGCACAUGGAUGAUAGUGUUCCUGUGGUGUGCUUAAGUGUGCUGCCUCCUGUGCUCUUGUUUCAGGAGCCAUUGCAACAUUCCUGUAAGGUAGGCCAGUAUUAUCUUUCCUGUCUUGCAGAGAUGGAAGAUUGAGUGAGUGUUGUUGACCGCUGAGUAUGGUGAAAGGGAGAUUGAAGCUGACUGCUUCCUGAUUAUUUGUUGCUAAGCUACAUGGAGCUAUGACACUUCUACCUUUUCUUCCUUAUCUCUCUUUCCACAUCCCCCAACAUCCCUGUGUUUAUUCUUAUAUACAUUUCCAAGCCAUUUUUCUGCCAGGGCACCCAAAGGCAUAUAGUGGCAUGUGGUCUAAAAGACAAAUACAGAAUGCAAAUACAGGAGGAGAAAAGAAUACCUUUUCUUGGCAGGGUUUCUGUAUCAUCCUGAACCAACAUUUUAAUGCUUGGCAGAUUAUGCUUCCACCUUGCUUUACCAGCAACAUCUUGACUUUGUGGCUUUUCAUAAUAAAACUUUUGGGAUACUGCCCCUUUGCUUUUAGAAUUUUUUUGAGACCAAAGACCUCAACAGGUGACACUUUUUCUUGACAGAGCUGCUGUGCCAGUGUUAAAGGCACUUGAAAGAAUUAAAAGGUGGAGACAUCAGGGGAUUGGGCACUGUCAGAUUUUUACAUGGAACUGUGUAUAACAGAGAUUUUCAACCUUUUUGAGUCCAUGGCUCCCUUGACCAGCUACAUUCUUUCUACGGCUCCCCUCUGGGGAAACACGUUCUGGGUCUCAGAAGCCCAGUUAUGUCACACCCUCCCUCGUAGAGUGUUCCCUCAGCCUCCUCUCCUCUCCCCUCUCCCUAGGAGUUCUCGGGGCAGCCGCCGCCUCCACCCCUGGUCUCUGAGCUCCCCCCCCCCAAACAAAGGUGCCUGCUCCCUGGCCUGCCCCAAAAGCCCCAUUCGCCUCUGGAGCUUGUAGCCAGGGCUGCUGCAACAAACAGCCACACAAGCCUUUGGAAGGUUGAGACGCAAGAGGGCAUCAGAGGAGGGAGAGAAGAAAAGAGGGACAGAGGCCAAUGUUGCCUGUGGCACCCUGGCUAUCAUUCAAGGCACCCCAGGGGGCCACGGUACACUGGUUGAGAACCACAGGUGCAUAGUAUUGCGCUGGCACUGGGAUUAUUAGUCAGCCUGUAAGCCAAUUUCCAGUGCCAGCUAGGGAGGCAUGGGAAAAGCAUUCAUCUCUUGCACAGAACAUGAAUGCGGAGUGUUGGAGAGAGAGGAUAGUAAAUAAACCUUGUCCGUACAAAGGAGUCUGCUUCCUCUUGCGACCGAUUGUGGUAGGGACUUUGGAGCUCCUAGAUUUUAACUCUUCUACAGUUUUUGAUCCACAUGGAGAGGCUGCUGGAUUUGACUUGGUGUAUUUCUACAUGUGCUAGUAAUGUUGACUUCUGCAGGGUGGCUCUCUGAACAAAGGGGUGGAUUGGUUCAGUCUCCUUUUUCCUGUGUCACAACACUGGCCUGAUUACUGUGUGAUGUCCCAGAUACCCAUAGUUUAGCUAAAUUCCAAGGGAAAACAGUUAACAGAGGAUAGCCUUUUCUGAAGCUGUCAUCUGUGCUGGAUUAGGGAAAUCUUGUUGCCAGAAAUUGGGAGGAUGAUAGUAAAAACGCUGUCGUUAGGGACUGAAAAUAUUCUGGAAAUGUUCUCUCAUCCUCCCCCCACCUCCUUCCUGCACAUACCGUAUUUACUCAAAUCUAAUGCUCACCUUUUUUGGCCAAAUUACAUUGCAAAAAAUACGGUGCGCAUUAGAUUCGAUGGCACAUUUACAUUCUCCAGCAAAUCCUUUUUUUGUUUCAAGGUUCUGAAAAUUGAGGUGCGCAUUAGAGUCAAUGCUGCAUUAGACUUGAGUAAAUAUGGUAGCUGAUGUCUUCUAAAAACAUAGUUUUAGACAGGAAUUUGGGGAGAUGGGGAGAAGGAAUUCCAGCUUUGUUCUGUUCCAUACAAUUUUCUCUUAUAUGAAUUUCUUUAAAUAAUCUGUUAGUCCAGACAUGCCUUCUUCAUCCUGGUGCCCUCCAGAUGUUUUGGGUUAUGUUUCCCAUCAGCCUGACCAUGCUUUCUGGGGCAGAUGAAAGUUGUACCCAGAGGGCAGCAGGUUGGGCAAAGGUGGUCUAGAAUGACUCUUUUUACCUAGGCAAACCUUGCCUUGGAUCAGCCUAAAUAUUUAUCUGGGCCAGCAGUGCCUCUGAUAGUAUCUAAUAAAGGGUAGUGAGCAAGUAUUAGGAGAUGCACUUGGGGGGUUUCACAGCUGACUACUUCCCCACCCCAUGUGUGUCUUUUCCUUCUUCCCUCCAGUGUGACCCUUAAGUUCACUUUGUUUCAGCACUUCCAAGAAAGGCCACUCCCUGCCCCCUUUGUAAAUGUUCUCAGAGAUUUCUUGGAAAGGCACGAGCUCGAUCUGGAACUCUAGGCCAAGCUGCUGUGGAAGACCAAGUGUCACUUGAAUAGUUUUCAAUACUGGGCUUCAGUUCUUUGUCACCCAGCUGCGUUGAUACUCAGUAUAAAUAACUCCUUCAUAGCAUGCAUUCCUGGCUCACACAACCCUUCCUUCAGAACAAGAACUCCGGGCAGAGAGGGAACAUGCAUGCUCUGUGCUGAGGAAGUUCAGUAAGGCUGAAAAGGCACUCAGAACGAUCACUCUUUCUUUCAGAUAUGAGCCUUAUUUGUCCUAAAAAUGGGAAAUGCCUGUAUUAAAGGGAGUUGGCUCCUUUAGCGGCUUCAUAUGAGGUAGCUGUCCCGCUCUCACAGGCCUAUUCAGAAUCCCAGAAUAGCACCACAUGCCGGAACGAUCUACUCCUUGCAAGCUCGCAUUUAAAGUACGGUGGUACCUCGGGUUACAUACGCUUCAGGUUACAGACUCCGCUAACCCAGAAAUAGUGCUUCAGGUUAAGAACUUUGCUUCAUGAUAAGAACAGAAAUCGUGCUCCGGCGGCGCAGCGGCAGCAGCAGGAGGCCCCAUUAGCUAAAGUGGUGCUUCAGGUUAAGAACAGCUUCAGGUUAAGUACGGACCUCCGGAACAAAUUAAGUACUUAACCCGAGGUACCACUGUAGUAACAAAAAAAUACUCUUUUGCUUUAGAAGCACAUGGACUUGCUUUGAUUUCAGAGUUAAUUUCCCCUCUUUUGCAAAUACAGACAACUACCCUGUAGUUUAUUCUGUGGUGCAGAAGCUUGCCUGAGGAUGUCCCAUAGGCUUCAAGGCUCAGCAGAACUUGAACUUGGUUACCUGUGUUCAUAUCUAUCACACUGGCUGCCUUUAGUUUCUUUAGUCAAUUCUCAUUGUCCUCCACCCCCCUCAAACCCCGUCUACCAAGUAAAUGAAGAUGUUCUGUUAGUGAAAGAUGAAUUAACAACAAUCCUAUAAGCAGACACUGUACAGUUUCUUCCUGUCCUUUAUUCUGCAGGAUUCCCUUGUAUGGAUAGACAGUUAAUGAAAGGUUUUGUUCUAAAGCAGUUGAAACACAUGUUUUGGCAGUGAGAACUGUUUUGAGCUGUCACUUAUGCCAGGCAUCUCCCAUACAGGUGUCAGGAAUAUGGUUAAAGUCCCUUUCCCAGUGCUUGUGCUUUUAGCACGGGAAACACAAGGAUUUGCCAACAAUAUUGUACCGUAAUAUUUAUUUAUUUUCUGUCUUUAGAGAAGCAUUCUGUAUCAUGCCAGUGAAUCUGAGCACUGUAGUUAGGCCUGAACAACAUAGACUAUAAAAUUAAUCCCACCCAAUCGACUAGAAUGUGGUCUAACCCCCCCCCCCCUUAAAUCCAUCUCAACUAAAAGAAAAUACCGUAGAUUCCGGUGUAUUAGGCGACUGGGCAGCUUCCUCCCGGCGUGGAGCCCACCGCCCACUGCUGCUGCCCAGCGAAGCUGUCACCGCUGCAGCAGUGGGUGGUGGGCUCCAUGUUGGGAGGAAGCUGCCCAGCGAAGCUGGCUUAGCAUCACUGGGCAGCUUUGUCGGUCAGCUUCCUCCUGGUGCGGAGCGGAUCCCGCUGCCCACUGCAGCCAUACCGGCGUAUAAGACGACCCCCGACUUUUUAACCUCUUUUCCGGGGUUAAAAAGUCAUCUUAUGCGCCAGAAUCUAUGGUAACUCACCCUGAAACUCACUUACCAAUGGUACCUAACACAAGGUAAACUAGGGCUGAGACGCCCAGGACCCUCACCAAAAUGCUGGAGAGGCUGCACCUCCAUAGGCACAUACCUUCACAUGUGGUGGUAAUGUCCAAAAAUCCAACCAGUCAUACAAGAACACCAGUCAUACAAGAAAUAUGCAAAAUAAAUAAGUAGGUAUUAGAAGUCACCCCAGAACUGGCCUUAUUCAACAUUGUCCAAGUUAAUAAUGCCCACUCACAUUAUGCAGACCUCAUAACCCACCUAAUCUCAGCAGCCGGAAGCCUCAUAGCCAGACACUGGAGAGACUUGUCAGGAGUAAACAUGGGCAAAUGAUAUCAAACAGUAUGGGAAACGGCCUCUCUAGAAAAGCUAACCAAUAAACUGAAACUGACAUGGGGAUAAAUAGAAGAAGAUGUUCUCACUCCAGUAUGGUUCCCCUUCAUCACAUACACAGCCCAACAAGAAUCUACCAACAGUGUACAAAUCAUUCUGGCUAACGACCAAAAAAUCCACCCUCUCACACACAUAAACAACUCUCACUACAGCCAACCAAAGACAACCAACCAAACUCUAGGCUACCCCCAACCUCUCUCACCACCAAGGAAACAUAAGUGAACAGAAAGAGAACCCAUACAAGUGACGCUGACACAAAACCCCACAUAUACACUAAGUAAAGAAAAUAAGCAUUACCACCUGACCCCACCCCUCUCACCAUCCCCUCCCUCUUUCCCCUUCUUUUCUUACUGAGCUUAUACUGCAUGCAACACUCAUGUCUCACAACAAAUGUAACUGAUCUGUAGAAAAUGCAACUUGAGAAAAGAGACAAUGCACAUAUUUUUUAAACUAAAAUCUUCAAUAUUUUUUAAGGGAAGGAUGUUAUAGCAUUCGUGUAUGUCUAUAGACUCUUGUGCAAUUUUCUUGAUGAAUCAUGAAGCAUUUUAAAUAUUUUCGGCUUUGAAUGCUGCUUGGGUAAAGCUAUACUUUGUAUCUGUUAAAUGGAAGCAAAACAUUUCUAUUGGUUUCAUAGUAGGACUGUUAAAAGAUUGGCACAAGAUAUCAGAUUCUGCCCCAAUCUUAUAGAAACUUUCAUACGUUGGCUUAUUGCACCAGCUACUGUCUCUUUCAGGAAACUGCCUUAAGGAUCCCUACACUUGACUGACUGAGCUCAGGCAAGAUGGGAUUGGCAAGUCCAAAUUAAUAGGGACAAGAGGGAAAUUACUAAGUAGUUAGGCUGCAUAAAUUUCAGGGUAAUGAUUUAUUGGUUAUCCCCACUCACUGUGGCUGUCUUCACUCUUGUAGAGUCACCUGCCUCUAUCAGAGUGCAAGCUUAUAAGCUUACAGGGAAAAGUGGCUUUCUUUUAGAAUGGAAACCCACAGAUGUAGCAAAGAGAACAGUACAGUCAUACCUCUGGUUGAAGUUGCUUCAGGUUGAGUGUUGUCAGGUUGUGCUCCACGGCAACCCGGAAGUAACGGAAUGCGUUACUUCUGGGUUUCGCUGCUCGUGCAUGCGCAGAUGGUCAAAAUGAUGUCAUGCGCAGAAGCGGCGAAUCACAACACGCACAGACGCGGGUUGCGUUCUGCUCUGGAUGCAAACGGGGCUCUGGAACGGAUCCCGUUCGUAUCCAGAGGUACCACUGUACUCUGAAAAAAUGGUAUGUGAGAAUCACCAUGCACCAGAAAUCAUCGAAGUUGAUUUCCUCUACUUAGCUUGGACAUCCUCCUUGUAAACCCAGUGUGUUUCUUCAUUUGCAAGGCACAUAUUGGGGAAUGCCAAGAAAGGCACUUCCAAUUUUUCAUUGAUCAGAGGCUGUUCUUGUGUGCUGCUUUAUGCCGGUGUGGAUAGCUGUUUCCUUGGCUUCUUUCUGUGUAUGGAAUUUUAUGACUUGUAUCAUUCCCAAAACAAGAUGAUUUAAGUAGAAGAUUUGGACAUAAUUCUCUUGGGUAGGUAAGCACCAAAGAGGUAAACUAUACUUUGAGCACUGCUUCAUAUUAAAUGUUGAUGUUCAGGAGUAGGUGUGGUACAUUGGAAAGGGUUCCCUCACAACACCUGGGCUUGUCUGACUCAAACAGUUCUGUUGAAGCGUUGCAAAAGUUAUGUUUUUGAUAUGCAAGUUACAUGCAUAUUGGUGGGCCCAGCCUACAAGCAUCUCACUUACAGUGCAUGCCAGCUGGCAGAUGAGAUGGGUGAUGAAUGGAAAUAUAAUGUAUUAGAAAAAGAUGAGGUGGCAAGCACAGGAGCACAAUCCUAUCCCAGUAAUAUUUUUGGGCAUCUUUGCUAGGGAACCCACAGAGAGUAUCUGCUCUGAGGUGUUGUCAGCCAUGCCUAUUCCUGAGUGAACUCUAGAUUAAAAGCAGGGUGUGCUUAACUGAACAAGGACGGAACAGGACAAACAUGCCCCACCCCAGAGCCAUUUGGGUGCAGAGUCCCAGAGGGCACUUUCCCACUCCCUCCUCACAUUGCUUGCUCUUCAUAACUCAAGCUGAAUUGUCUUGGAAAACCUUGGUGCUGUUUCUGCCAGUUUUUGAAAGAAGCUGUUUUCCCUGAAGAGAGCAUGUGUAGAGGUUGGCCUGCAGCUGUACUGAGCCCCAGUAUAACUGCUUCCAGGUGCUUAUACUGUGCCACCAGUUGUCCAUAUGAAGUGACUCUCCACCCACUAUCUUUUGGCUUUUGUGCCUCUUGUCCAUAUGACUUGAUUUUGGGUUAAACAUUCUACAGAACAUGUUGUGCACAGCCCCAACUUUUUACUCCCUUCCUGGCUGUGAAAGGAGAACUUAACUGGCACUAGGAUCUUUGUAUGAAAAGAUAGUAGAUUUGCCUAUGAGCUGUGUGUGGUGUGUCCUAGGUUUAGGUAAACUAACUUAUUUGCAACUUGGGAACCUUUAGUGCUUUGCAUUAUUAGGGUUAGUGUUGGAGGAAGGGAGGAAGAGCAGUGUUCUUGUGCUUUUAACAGUUGUGGCAGGCAGAAUGUCAGCAGGUUAAGCUUGUUCUAGUAUGGAAAUACUAGGAACUUAGUUAGCAUAACUUUUGAUGACCUCCUUCUUUGCAGACCUCAGUAGUAUGGAGGUCAGAAUCCCACCAUAAGGUAGAAUAAUCACUUGAGGGAGGGAGGCUUGUGCUCUGCGAUGUUGUGGGUUGGAGAAAUUUCAGUUGCAGGCUUGUGUACUAUACUUACAGAUAUAGGAAGAACGUGUCUGCUAGAUCAGGCCUAAGGCCAAUGUAGUCCAGCAUCCUGUUCUUGUAGUGACCAACCAGAUUCCUUUGGGGAACCCACAAGCAACACCUGAGUGCAACAGCCACUCUCCUCGUAUAUUCCCUAGCAAGUGGCAUUCAGAGGCAUCCUGGCCAUGACAGCUUUGAGGGAAAUAACCUACUGUUACUGUGGUAACAACUUUUUUGUCAAGUUCUUCCUCAAGCUUCACUUUUUUCUGUGAAGCCUUUCUUCCCCAAGUCUUUUCUAACAACUGCAAAGCUAGCUAAUUGCACUUACCCGUUGUCAUCUGCUGCCCUUGCCUUCUUCCACUGUUCCCCUUUCUGUUAGACUUUAGAUUGUCAGGAUCUCAUUUGCUAUCAAACAUCACCUACAUUCAGUGGUGGAGCUUCAUGCUCCACCGGGGUGGGGUGGAGAGCAGGUGGGGCAGGACUGGCGUGCAUCCCGGGGGCGUGGCACACUGCCUGUGGGGGCGUGGUGCCCAGCGCAGGGCAGGGGGCAGCUGUGAUGGCACCCCACCAGGAUCAUGCUGCCGGGGUGGUGCGCUCCCCCCGCACUCCUCUUCCUCUGCCAGUGCCUACAUUAGCACUCUGUUAAAAGGUAGGUAGCUAUGAGGGAAGGGAUGCUUUCUAAUGCUGAAAUUCUUCCAGCUGCAUUGGAGAGAGUGCAAGCUGCUGCUUUGGCUUGGAGGUAGGGCUUGCCAUUUGAUAUGGGAGGUGCCUUUCAUUCCUCCCAGGAAAGUCAAUGAGUAUUUGGCACAUCAAACUUUAUUUGAAAACAUCAUUUUCUGUCUGUCCUGGUGAGGACAAUUUGCCCCCAGCUUGCUGCCAAAUUCCUCACACAUUUGAGGAGUUCCAAACAGGUACUAGCACCCUGGCAUUUAAGAACCACACCAGAGGUUCCUGAAAAACAGUCAAUAUGUGCUGUCAAAAUAGUAUUUGCUUUAAGAUGGCUGAUGUGUGAGGCCUUUAUUGCUUUUUCCUCUGCCCCUCAUCAUCACAGAACUUAGAAUCACAGAAUUGUAGAGCUGGAAGAGACCCUAAGGCUCAUCUAGUCCAACCUCUGCAAUGCAGGAAUAUGCAGCUGUCCCAUAUGGGGAUUGAACCUGCAACGUUGGCAUUAUCAGCACCAUGCUCUAACCAGCUGAGCUAUCCAAGUUGAUGUCAUAAAAUAUAUUUAUAAUUCAGAAAGUUUGAAUUAGAGUUGGGUGAGGGGAGAGUUGAGGGUCAGCAGAGACUGAGCAUUAAUAAUAAGAGCCUGUUCAAGACUGUUACCCCAUUAAAACUGUACUAUCUAUUAACUACACUUCGAUACAAAUAGUAUUUAUUUAUUUAUUUAUUUAUUUAUUCAUUCAUUCCCCCACCCAUCUGGCUGAGUUUCCCCAGCCACUCUGGGCGGCUUCCAAUCGAGUGUUAAAAACAAUACAGCAUUUAAAAACAAUACAGCAUUUUCAAAUUAGAACAAAGAGUGGGGAAAGUAUUUUCAAAUUUGGUGCUUGAUCAAGUGCUUGAUCAAGUAACUGAGAUACUGUAGCCUCCCCGCUUCCCACACUCAAACAACCACUUACCACAGGGGUCAGCAAACUUAUUCAUGAGGGGGCUGGCCCACUGUCACUCAGACUUUGUGGGGGGCCGGACUAUAUUUUGAAAAAUAUAAAUACGCUGCAAGCCGGUCCCACAGCUGGCUCUGGACCUGGAGGAGGAACGCACUCUGCAUGCGCUCAGAAGUGUGUCUCGCGCCGCCCGCCCACCGCUGUUGUUGACGAGCAGCAGCUGCUCCAUUGGCCUUGGAGCUCCCAGGUGGCGUGCACCACGUGCUGCAGCCCGUCAUCCAAGGCCAGGGGGGCGGCAGGCAGGGCAGGCAGCGCGCAGCGUGCCCUCCAGCUGCUCCAGUGCGGCUGCUGAGUGUGCCACCUGCAGCAGCGCCGAGCCGGACGCCAGGCAUGGGGCCAGCAGGCGCACCAAGCUCUGGCUGAAGCCCUGCGACGUGCCCGUCACAAUGCCCAUGGCGUGGCCCAGACCUGCCACCUGCCCGCCGGCCUCUCCAUCCAUGGCUGCGCCGGGUUUGCCUCAGCGAACUUCCUGCAGCCAAUCCGAAGCUGCGCCAGUGCCGCUGCCUGCCCAGAGGCAUCCACGGCUUCGGCUUGGCUGCAGGAGCUUUCUGCAGCCAAUCCAAAGCCAUGCCAGCGUCGCAGAAGUCAGUCCCUGCGCGGCGAGGCAUCCGCGGCUUCUUUUCAAGGAAAUGCUGUGCCGUGCCAGUUUAGCUCAGUGUGGGGACUGACCGAGCGGGCAGCAGGGUCCACGGGCUGGAUUUACGAGCCUGGUGGGCUGCAUCCGGCCCCCGGACCAUAGUUUGCUGACCCCUGACUUACUAUAAAUGAUCAGGAAGGCUUUGUGGUUGGUAUGGUAUCUGAUUUCCUAAUCGAUCAGUUAUAUUGCUAUAUUUGUUUUUGAACACACACACAAUCACAUAUAUGGGGUAUAUAGAUUUUGCGCAACUCUGCCCAGAUUUUUUUGUUUGACCCCCUCAGGACUCCUCUUGUGUUUUACUUGCUGGCUUUUGUUUUCUUCUACUUUGGGUCCUGAUGUCUCUUAAUGACUAGAUUUAGCUAUUAUUGUAGAAGCCAAGUAUGAUAAGUCUGUUGUACCAGAAGAGCACUGUGCUGAAACUGUUUUUUUUUAAACCCUAUAAAACCAUAAGUAGCUCCAGCUCACUAUAAUUUUACAGUCUCCUUCCAUAUAUUCCAUGACAACCAGCAAUUAGAAUGAAAUUGGAUUGCCCUAUUAGUAGCUUCAUGAAACACACAUGUACUAUGUCCAAAUGGCGAGGGUAUAGCAAGAGGCAUUCAAGGUGGCUGUUCUUCCCUCUGAACUCUCUCUGAAACAUGGGCUUUUUUGUUUUGCAAAGAGGAUAUAUGGGUAGCCUGGGAUUAAACCAGUAGGAAGGUAUUUAAAUUGAUUGUGUCACUCUGAUGUAUUUUAUCUCUUUCAAAAACAAGUGGAUUAUCUGCUCCGCCACACAGAGCCUUGGAGGUGUAGUGGAGUGCUUGGACUGUAAAUCUAGAUACGUGUAAUAGAAAGCACUUCUCACUAGUAUUCUCAGCAAAAUGUAGAAAAACCAAGCCUACCUAGGAACGCCCUGUGGUGGCUUGUUUUUGUGAAUGUUCAGACAGCCUUUGUGUGUGGUUGAAAGUGCUGUUGGAAUCACUUUGUCACAGAGCAAUAGAGUAGGGGGAAAGUGAGUGUUGGAAACAUGUUCACUAACUGGGAGCCUGCAAACCCUCAAUUUGCGUUAAAUACCAUUUAGCUAGAAACAUAGUUGAGUCUAGUCAUGUGGUAGUUCCAAGCUUUUUAUCUUUUCGCCAAGUUUGCUUUGGAUGCUCCAAAGAUUGCUUGCUCCAUAAUAAUAAGAAAAUAAUAAUAAUAAUAAUAAUACAGUGGUACCUCUGGAUGCAAACGGGAUCUGUUCCUGAGUCCCGUUCGCAUCCUAAAGCGAACGCAACCUGCUUCUGCGCGAGUCGCGAUAUGCCGCUUCCGCGCAUGUGCGCGAUGUCAUUUUGAGCGUCUGCGCAUGCGCGAGUGGCGAAACCCGAAAGUAACGCAUUCUGUUACUUCUGGGUCACCACAGAGCAUAACCUGAAAAUGCUCAAGCUGAAGCAUAUUUAACCCGAGGUGUGACUGUAAUAAUAAUCCUUUAUUUCAUCUGUAGUUUCAGAACUAGUAUGGUAAUUCUAAACUGGGCAACCCUUGAACUCUGGAUUUUUAGAGAAUGUUGUGUUGGGGUUCUACCUUAACUACCUCCUGGAUAUUCUUACUGGGGUGACUGUGGCUAAGGCACUGGGUUGCCUGAGCCACAGUCUAGUGCUGAAGGGACAUUGCUUGGUGGUAGAACAUUUCUUUGCAUGCAGAAACCCCCAGGACCAGUCUCCAGAUAGAACAGGAAAUGACUGUUGUCUGAAACCCCAGAAAGUUGUUGCCAAUCAGUAUAGACAGUAAUGAGCUAGAUGAACCCCAGGGUAGUUUUCCAUGUUCUAGCUGUCUGUGCUGUCAUGCCUUGGUUUCUGAACUUAUUAAAACCAGCAUACUAAAAAAUACUGUACAGUAUUAUCUUCAACAGAGAAGCUAAGGCAGGGGUCAGCAAACUUUUUCAGCAGGGGGCUGGUCUACUGUCCCUCAGACCUUGUGGGGAGCCUAACUAUAUUUUGGAAAAAAAAUACGAAUUCCUAUGCCCCACAAAUAACCCAGAGGUGCAUUUUAAAUAAAAGGACACAUUCUACUCAUAUAAAAACACCAGGCAGGCCCCACAGAUAAACCAGAGCUAAGGUAUGGGUAGGCAAACUAAGCCCCAGGGGCCAGAUCUGGCUCAAUCGCCUUCUAAAUCCAGCCCGUGGACAGUCCAGGAAUCAGCAUGUUUUUACAUGAGUAGAAUGUGCGCUUAUAUUUAAAAUGCAUCUCUGGGUUAUUUGUUGGGCAUAGGAAUUCGUUCAUUUCCCCCCCAAAAAUAUAGUCCGGCCCCCCACAAGUUCUGAGGGACAGUGGACUGGCCCUCUGCUGAAAAAGUUUGCUGGCCCCUGAGCUAAGGCUUGAUAGUUUCAUCCUGUAGUUCCAGAACAGUUCUGCUGUUGGGCCGAGGACAUCUCUUGACGCAAGGCUUAGCACACUGUGGUUCUGUCUGAGGAGGCCCGUUACCCAGAAACAAAACCUUACUACUCUUCCUAGGAAGUUACAUGCUGUUCUAAACCUCUUGGUUUCAAGUCACUCUGAAGCAUGUGGAGCCAAAGUCUUGUGGUUAUGCAAUUAAACUGCAGUCGUUCCUUUUGGGGAGGGAGGGUGGCUCCUGUUGGUCAGCUGGUUGACUCACUCCCUGUGGGGCGGGGCUGUGCGGCAACUUGCAGCUUGUAAACCACUGGGAGGGAAAAUAAUUAUUCCAUUCUAAAUCAAGGGCAGCUAUGGCACGACUAUGGGGUGGUGGUGGGUUUUUUCUUAUUUGCAAAAGCUGCAGAAGAGAUAUUUGGAAGCCAGAAACCUCCAGGCCAUAGUUGUCAACUUUUCCCUUUUCUUGCGAGGAAUCCUGUUUGGAAUAAGGGAAUUUCCCUUUAAAAAAGGGAAACGUUGACAGCUAUGCUCCAAGCUGGUGUAGCUGUUUGCAAAGGCUUUGAAAACAGCAUUGUGUAUUGGAAUACACAAACUUCUGGUGGUGUAGGCACAGUUGAGGUUAAUGACCAGUUCAUGGAAUUGCUUAUUCUGUCACUAAGUCACUGAUCCAGCAUGCUUCCCAGUUUGGAAGAGAAAUCAGCAUUUUCAGGGUUCACCCUUGCGCCAAAAGAGGCUUAGGUCAGUUGAAAUUGAGGACUUGUAUUUUAAUGGCCCCAGCUGGGCUAUCUUCUAUUUCACUUGGGCUUGAUGGGAAAAGUAAGCUAUGGGAAUAGUUCUCUGAAUAUUCCACACAACUGGAGUUAGAAUCUUCCCUUGUUAAUGCCUUCUUGGAAUUUGAUCUGAUAUCAGCCGAGAUGGCCACCCAGAAGAGAUGGGAAUGUGGCACAACACAGUGAUUGGGUUGGCAGCUGAUUCCCUUGGCAGUCAAAAGCUGGUGAUUGCAAAUCAGUUGGGAGUAGGAAACAGUGUUAGAAACUCAGAUAAAUAAACUAGGUGCCAAAUGGCUUCUUAAACCAAGGUUGCAAUCGCCAAAAUGGAAUGUCUAGUUACCGUAUUGGGGCCAGAUGGCUCUAAAGUAAAUUUUUUCAAAUGAUGGACUGACUGUGAUUGAUUCUCAGUUAAACAUCUGGUUGGUUCAGAUGUUUGAGCUUUGAGAACUUAAAGAAGAAAAGUCACUUGAUUCGGGCACAGUCCACAUAUAUAUUCUGACCUCUCUUUUUUUAAUGGUAACUGCUCCUGCUCAGGCUGCACAGAAAAAGCAUUUUGGUUCCAGAAAUUUAUUCUGAUAGUGCAGAUAAAAUAUAACUGACAUAAUUCAACAGGGUGGGGUAUUAGGGUGUGAAAGCAUUCCAGAUCCAAUGAUCCCCAGAUGGUGGAGGUGCCAUCCUGGCGCCCAGGCAUCUUCACUUGGUCACAAGUGGUUGGAAGCCAGAUGCAAAAUGCACCUGGUGCCUGGCUAGUUUUGAACACUGGUAGGAAGGCAAAGGAUGUAGAGGGGGACUUACAUGCAGAGGAUUGAAAGAACAACUUUUUAUGUAAAUGUCUUAUUGCAAUUUUUAUAAUAAAGGAAAACAUUCAAAUUGUUUGAAGAAAAUAGGAUAAAAUAUAAAAGAAGGAAAUAAAAAGGGAAGGGGAAAAAAAGAAUAAGGAGCAUACAAACAUAAAAUGCAUAUUCAUGUUCUCAAAUGUUCUUUGCACUCAAGUAAAUGAUUACAGUUUCAUUUCAAUGAAUUUGUAAAGACAUUAGAAAUUAUCCUAAAGUAUCCCUCAGUAACGAUGCUCAGGUCAGUGGUAGCCUUCAAUCAUGUUACAUUUGCAGCACAUAAGAAAGAAAGGAAAAGCAACUUUCCUGGAAAGUGCCUUUUUUGUUGGUUGGAUUACAUCUCUGUCUCAUUUGUUUAGAUAGUUUUUCCAUGAGGGCAGCUGUGAAAGGACAACUCACUGCAUGACUGUUGGCUCACUGCUGUACCCUGCUUCCUGGAUAUUCCUUCAUAUUUAUGUUGGUUUGAACUUCCCAAGCAGAAGUUCCCAAACAUCUUUGCUUACUAUGGGAAAGGCAAAUUGCCUUUUCUGUCACCUUAGUCUCUGAUGUCAGUCUUAAAAGGCUGGGUGCAGUUUUUUCCCCUAGAUUGGUAUAGAAAAAACAGGCAUGUUCAUGGACUUUUAUGCCAAGCAAUGCCUCUUCCUUUUUGUUUUUUGCUAAAGUCUAUGUUGAGCAAGGACACAGAACCUGUGACAACUUCCCCCUCCCCCAGAUCUUGUUGCUCUUGAAUGUCCAUCACUCAUAAACCAACAUGACCAGUGGCCAAGGGUGAUGGGAGUUACAGGCCUGAAAUUCAGUGUGGGGCUUCAUGAGAGAGGGCAUUCUCAGUCCAGGCUCCUCUAUUAUGGAAUCUGCCCCCCCCCCCCAACAAGGCUGGUACACACUAUUAUGCAUUUUGUGAGUUUACCCAGGCCUUUGGAUUAAUUAUUGUUGCUGAUUUGCUCUGAAUGUUAACUCUUUUCAUUAUUCAUUCAUUCAUUCAUUCAUUCAUUCGUGUGUUACAGUGCUUAAUGUAACUCUCUGGGAUGCACAUUUUUUUUAAAAAUAAAGAGUGGGCUAAACAUAGUUUAAGUACAUAAAUUAAAUAUGGGGGUGAGAGUAAAAGCUUGUCCAUAUCUGCUUGAGAGAGGAGAAUGGUCUAAUGCAGGGUUUCCCAAACUUGGAUCUCCAGUUGUUUUUUGACUAUAGCUCCCAUUAUCCCUAGCUAGCAGGACCAGUGGUCAGGGAUGAUGGGAGUUGGAGUCCUAAAGCAGCUGGAGACCCACGUUUGGGAAGCCCUGGUCUAAUGGGCUGUAUGGGAAUGAUGCUAACACACUGCCCUUUCCCACUUCCUUCCAGAACUCCAUCCGACACAACCUCUCCCUGCAUAGCAAGUUCAUUAAAGUGCACAACGAGGCUACAGGGAAGAGCUCUUGGUGGAUGCUGAAUCCAGAAGGCGGCAAGAGUGGAAAGGCCCCACGGAGGAGAGCGGCCUCCAUGGACAACAGCAGCAAGCUGGUCAAGCCCAGAGGAAAAGCUCCCAGGAAGAAGGCAGCCAUGCCAGUGGCCCCGGAAUCUACUGCCGACAGCCCAGGCUCCCAGUACUCCAAGUGGCCUGGCAGCCCUUCUUCCAGAAGCAACGAGGACUCUGAUGUGUGGACCAGCAUCCGGCCUCGGACCAGCUCCAAUGCCAGCACCAUCAGUGCAAGGCUUUCCCCCAUCCUAACUGAGCCAGAUGACCUUGGAGAUGAGGCGCUUCUUCCAUCCCUUGUCUACUCCAGCGCAUCUAGCAGUGUCCCACCCACAGUGACAGAGGAGCUGGAACUCAUUGACGGCCUGAAUCUGAUGUCAUCAAGCUCAUCCUUGCUGUCAACUCAGCAGCCUUCUCCAGGUGGUCUGGCACAGAGGAAUCCCAGUUUCUCCUUGCAAAGCCAGAGCUCAGCUGCUCAGGCGUCGUCAUUUGGCAGCUCCCUCUUCAACCCUGUUGAUAUCUCUCUACACAGCUCUGCCAGCCACUUCUCUGGCCCACAGACCCUGGAAGCCCUCCUGACAUCCAACUCACCACCACCCAGUGAUGUGAUGAUGACACAGGUAGAUCCGAUCCUCCCGCAGAGCGGAGGCAGGUUGAACAGCCAGACAUUUCUGCUUCUGGGGGAGCAGUCCUCCAAAAACAUGAUGAGGCCAGUUAACCCAUUAAGAAAGCCUCCGGAGCAGCAGCUGGAGUCGGUUGGCACUGCUUCCUUGCCGACUGCAUUUUCAAUGGCAUCUCCUCAGAAUACAGUCAGCCUGUCAGCUUUGAAGGCACCGGGCUCCACACAGCCUGCCCAGGCGGUCCAGCUGGGCACCCAGCCAUUUCUGUCUGCAGCUACAUUUGCCCCCUGUGGAGGCAAUCAGGACAGAUUGCCCAAUGAUUUGGACGAUAUGUACAUGGAAAACCUUGAAUGUGAUGUGGAUUACAUAAUCAACACUGACCUCAUGGAUGGAGAAGGACUGGACUUCAAUUUUGAACCCAUUCCAUCUGCUCCCAGCUAUCCCAACACGUCACAGGCCUCCAACCAUACCUGGGUACCCAGUUAACUUCAGGAUUGACAAAGGUAGGUGGAUGUAUGCAACCCACACUUCUCCAGCCUGGUGCCCUCCAGAUGUUUUGCACUACAACUCCAAUCCCUGCACUUUCCUAUUUCAGAUUGUCACAGGUUCUGAAAAGUCACAGUGGUGAGGGUUACCCCUACUAUCAGGAGUGAGCCAGUAGUAAAUCACAUGAAAUAAGUGAAUUUAACUCUUUAUUAGAAAAACAGCAACAGGAUCUGCACAGGAGUGUCAGGCCUAAUGAGCAUUAGCAAGUUUUCUUUGGUUGCAGACUCUGAAGGUCCCUCCUUCCUAGCAGCUGCCUAAUUCCUCUCCUCACCCAGGUCUCCCCAAGCAAUCUGAGCCUGCACCUGCAUGGCACUAAUUUACUGCCUCGACCCAUUAUACCUGAAGGAGCAUCUCCACCCCCAUUGUUCAGCCUGGACACUGAGCUGCCUCCUCCAACAGUCUUCUGUUGGUUCCCUCACUGUGAGAAGUGAAGUUACAGGGAACCAGGCAGAUGUCAAGGAGAUAAAGAACUACAUAACUUUUAGAAGACCUCUGAAGGCAGCCCUGUAUAGGGAAGUUUUUCGUUUGAUAUUUUACUAUGUUUUAGGGACACGGGUGGUGCUGUGGUCUAAACCACAGAGCCUAGGGCUUGCUGAUCGAAAGGUUGGCAGUUCGAAUCCUGUUCGAACUCCUGUUGCUCGGUCCCUGCUCCUGCCCACCUAGCAGUUCAAAAGCACGUCAAAGUGCAAGUAGAUAAAUAGGUACCGCUCUGGCGGGAAGGUAAAUGGUGUUUUCAUGCACUGUUCUGGUUUACCAGAAGCGGCUUUGUCAUGCUGGCCACAUGACCUGGAAGCUGUUUGCGGACAAACGCCGGCUCCCUCGGCCUAUAGAGCGAGAUGAGCGCGCAACCCGAGUCGUCCGCAACUGUUACCUUUACCUUUAUAUAUGUUGUAAGCCUCCCAGAGUGACUGUGGAAACCCAGCCAGAUGGGUGGGGGUUAUAAAUAAUAAAAUUAUUAUUAUUGUUAAAAAAAAAAAAUUCUCCUCCACCCUCUUCAUGCCUCUCCUGGUUCUGGGAGACUGGGGCGGGGGGAGGUUGCCACAGCAAGAAGGGGAAACAGACAUCUGUGACUCUUCACCAGCCUGACUCAUCUCUGCGUCUUGGCUUCCCUCAACCCACUCUCCUGCUUCAGCUUCAGCUUCAGCUUCUGCCUCUGAGUCUGGACUGCUCUCUGCCACAGACUCUCCCAGUUCUCUAAGCCCUGUUACCUCUUCAGCUUCCAGCACCUCCUUUUCCCCAUCUUCUCCCUCUCAUCGCCAUCCCACACCAAUUCCUGGCUCUGAGGCUUUUACCAUUGGAAGUUCUCCAGCUGGUUCUGCCCACCAUUCCUCUACAUCCAAUCAGUUCCUGACACCUACACAGGGCUGAAAAAUAAUUCAGGUAUUGAGGUGCUGAAUCAGAAUCUCCAGCUUUGGUUUAAUCCCACCAGCUGUUCUGCCAUAAAGUGAUUGCCUGGUCAAGCUAACAAACCGUGAGUGCUUAAUACCUUAGAAAGUGUGAGGAACACAAGGAGUAUGAUAUAAUAAUUCUCCAUUCCAUCCAUCUCAGCAUCUUUUUGAUCUUGGUGCUGCUGUUAAUAUGGGCAGCACUAGCUAUGACAUUAAAUUAAUUUAUUACAUUGAAUGUGUGCAUUCUUUAAAUACAUAAAACCUAAAUAGCCGUUGAGGGACCCAUGAGAAGAAUUUGGUCUAGACUAGAGCAGGGGUGGGGACAUGGGUGGCGCUCUGGUCUAAACCACUGAGCCUCUUGGGCUUGCUGUUCAGAAGGUUGGCAGUUUGAAUCCCCGCGACGGGGUGAGCUCCUGUUGCUCGGUCCCUGCUCCUGCCAACCUAGCAGUUCGAAAGCACGCCAAAAGGGGCAAGUAGAUAAAUAGGUACCGCUCCGGCGGGAAGGCAAAUGGUGUUUCCAUGUGCUGCUCUGGUUUCACCAGAAGCAGCUUAAUCAUGCUGGCCACAUGAGCCAGAAAAACUGUCUACGGACAAACGCCGGCUCCUUCGGCCUGUAAAGCGAGAUGAGCGCCGCAACCCCAGAGUUGGCUGUGACUGGACCUAAUGGUCAGGGGUCCUUUACCUUUUAGCGCAGGGAUAGUCAGCCUUUUUAUACCUACCGCCCACUAAGGCAUCUUUCUUGAUGGUAAAAUUUCCUUACCACCCACCAGUGCUCGAUGGAAGGAGGAUUCAGUUUGUGCCAUAGAACCCCCUACUACCCACCUAGAAUCCUGAAACGCCCACUAGUGGGCGGCAGGGAUCGGCCCAUGGCAGCCACUUUGUGUGGGCACCCCACAGCACUUUUUUUGGUGUUUUAUUUAGAAAAAUAGCAAACCAAUAAAGUUCUCAGUAAAAGCUGUUAGCAACAACUAUUUAAAACAUUCAAACACGAUUGACAUAAACAAUAAAAAGAAAACAGAAUAAAGCAUUAUGCAUGUCUGGAUAGGCUUGCAUUACCUAACAAAAAUGCUUUAAGGAGGUGCUGAAAAAAGCUCCCUGAUGUCUGUAGACAGGGAGUUCCAAGGCCACCCACCUGCCAUAUGGCAUCAGACAAUUCAAAGUUACAGCCAGAGGAGCAGGCACUGGCUUAUUGCCAAUCUUAGUACUGUAGUCCCACAGUGCUAUGAUUGGGAGAAGCGUUUCUGCUAGCUUUUCAGUGACAAAAAGCUGCCGUUAAGGCUUAUAUCCAAUCUUAGCACCACAUCCCUAACACUGGAGAUAACCUUAUUGGAUCACAGCACUGUGAUGCUAAGCUCUAAGACUCAAGAGCUCCCUUAUUUCCACUCUUGGCACUUAGGAUGUAGGUAAAAGGUAAAGGGACCCCUGACCAUUAAGUCCAGUCAUGGAUGACUCUGGGAUUGCGGUGCUCAUCUCGCUUUGCUGGCCGAAGGAGCCAGUGUACAGCUUCCAGGUCAUGUGGCCAGCAUGACUAAGCUGUUUCUGGCAAACCAGAGCAGUGCACGGAAAUGCCGUUUACGUUCCCGCUGGAGCGGUACCUGCUUAUCUACUUGCACUUUGACGUGCUUUCGAACUACUAGGUUGGCAGGAGCAGGGACCGAGCAACGGGAGCUCACCCCGUCGAGGGUAUUCGAACCGCCGACCUUCUGAUCAGCAAGCCUUAGCCUCAGUGGUUUAACCCACAGCGCCACCCGCGUCCCGUAUCUCCACUCUUGGCACUUAGGAUGUAGAUCAGAUCAGAUAAUAAAUCUCCACUAUGCAUGUAAAGUGACUGCCAGCUGGGCAUCAUUUGACCAAAAGGGCCUUGUGGGCCAAAUUCAAUGGUCUGGCAGUCCUAAUUAUUCAUGUAGGCUGAACAUCGCCAACUGUGGCAAAGAUGGAAACUGACCAAUUAAGAAAUGCUUUUAUUUAAGGGUCAGCGUAUUGUGGACAAGCACAUAGAAAUUACUUUGCCUUCAAAAGUGUGCCAUGUGUGGCCUAAAAGAAAAAAAAAGUCAACCUUUGUAAAGAACUUGUGAAGCUGUCUUUUCAGAUUCAUUGGAGAAAAUCCACUAUUGUCUACUCAGAAUGGCUGCAGUUUUCCAGGAUCAGACAGAACUCUUUCCCAGCUGUGCUGCCUGAGAAUUCUUUACCUGGAGGUGCUGGGGAAUGAGCCAGGGCCUAAUGCAUUCCAUGCAUUCAGUGCGCUAUCAUUUUGCAAGGGCGCUUUCCAUACUUCUCUGCCUGAUCACCUGGAUGCAGUUACUACCACAGGCAGUAAGGUGACUGACAGGCUGUUUGUAGACUCAGAACAGUAACUUCUCUGUAGCAUUGCUUUCAUAGAUUUAGUGCCUGCUUCGGUCUUCAAGACAGUAUUGCUAGCAGACCAUUUCACAUGUUUGAUUCUGUUUCAUACUUAUUUUUGAGGAUGACCAGGACAUGGCAGAGAAGAUGAGCUAAUCCUCUCCCCCUCCCUCCUGGCCCAAAACUAGGGUAACCAGAAGUGUACGAUACUUGUGGCCAUAUGACAGAUGUGAUGGGCAGCUGUGAGCUGUCGCUCUGUCUCACACCAUCCCUCAUCCCUUCCUUGAGUUCUGCUGAACUCUGAUUUCUAUUGCCAUGUGCAGAUAAAAGGGUUGCUUUGGAUGGAAGGUGCUGAUGGGCAGGAGGGUGCAUAUAUGGAAGAAGGAGACUUCAAGGAAGUUGGAGCAGAAAUGAUACUGACGGCAGAAUGAGCCUACGUAACAGGAUGCAUUUGAGGCCUUGAACCAAGAGGUGAAAAGAGUCUGGGUGUCCAAGAGGUUGUAGUAACACAAUGCACAAUCCCUGGGGCUUUGGGGCUAGAAGCAAUCUGACAGUUGUGGAUUAAUAUGGAGCCUCUGUUGGGGGCAGAUUAACCUACAUUUGCCUGGUGUGGGAGUCUUGAAGCUCACAAACCUCUGUGGAUUCAGGCUUUGGCUCUAAACUGGGAAUCAGACCUUCAGAAAUGGAGGUGCUCAAGGAACAGUGAUACUAAAUAUCUGGAAACCGGAGUUCCCUCAAGGCUGGAUGUUUCUUACUCUGUUGUGUGUAUUUUCUGUUGUACAUCCAUGCGCAGUAGUGCACUAAGCAUCUUCUCUCUCCCCCCUCCCCCCACAGUGCCCUUCUGGUCCUGGAGUUAUUGCACUCCCAGAGGAGUCUGGAAUGCAAGGAGCACCUGGUGUCCGUCUUACUGUUCUGCAAACCAGCUGGAAGCAAGGGCGAAGCAAACGGCAACUGGAAGAGAGAGAGAUCCUGUUAAGUGCCACAUCUUUUCCUGAGCCUACUGUUAAGCCCUGCAAGCCCCAUCCAGGAGCCUGAGAAGAGGCCCAGGAAGUGCUCCACCCAUGGCCAAAGACACUUCCUGCCCUUCAUAAGCAUUCUCCGGAUUGAUGGGGUUUUGGCCUGCCCGCGAUAGGUCAGAGAGCUGUCUGAAGGGGAAGGGCUUUGAGCUGGCAUCACCCCUCCAGCUGAUCUCAGCCUCAACUCCCCUUUGACUUGACACCCUGUGGAUGGGGUGAGAAGAUAGUCUGUGAAUCAUGUGGCUGUCUGAGUUGAGAAGUCCCUCCCCUCUUGAGCACUUCCCUUGUUCCUUUUCUGAUGGGAGCAGGUGGUGGUGGUGAGGAGGAGGAGGCUGAGGGAAGUAAAGUUGCCCUGUUUGGGGUGGUGGUGGUGGUGGGAAGCUGUAGAACUCAUUAUUGACUGUGCACCUGGCCUACAGGUGCCUUCUGGAAGUUAAGGCCCGGUCUGACCUUGUGAAGCCCUCACCUAUGUGUUCUUGGGCAGCUCUUCCCCGAAACAGUGGCUCCCCCAAAGCAGGCAAGCAGGUGCUAAAAGCUGUUGCUAAGAAACCAAAAUGACUUCUCUUUGGGUCCGUUUCUGGGCUGUUUUGUGUUGCAGCUGAGAAAUGGAAAACCCAUAUCUGGCCUUAACCGGAGCCCUGAUCUGCAUUUCCCUUUUUCUAGUCCAGAAGGGCAUUUUUCUACAGAUGAACUAUUUUGGAGGUUGCUUUUUCUUCUCCUCCCCCUGACAUGGGCAGAAGGCAGGGCUUUCUGUGGCAGCCUUCAAAUUGUAUUAUUUGUGUCUCUGUAUUAUGAGUGCCUUUCCUUCCCUCAGAGAUGGCGCUACUGGCAGUAGCUGUUGCUUUUCAAAACUGCAUCAAGAACAAUGUGGCAACUCCUUGGGUGCAUUUGCUGGGGGGUGGGAGUGGGAAUGGGGAGAGAAGGGCACGGAAGCAGCUUUUGUUCUUUGGAAUUGGGGCAGGUGGUGGAGUUGCACGUUAUAGAUAAUUACCUGCAAAGCUAGCAGCAGAUUAAAUAGAAGCUUUUGUAAACCUUGGCGCGGGGUUGGGAAGAACUGUCUAUAUUUUAAUGCAGAAUCCUAUGACGUUAUUGGCUAAAAGUGCAGCCUGUUUUCUUGCAGCUUUACACCUUUUGAUACCAGACAAAACUCUAAAGCACACAAGGCCCAGGGAUGGGUCUGAAGAUGGGAUUAUGGGACAGCUACCCUGCUGGGGGGAGGAUGGGGAGGGGUCCUCCUUUCAACCUUGUGCUUUUCAGUAGCUAAUUAUGAAUUGCCAGCAGGACAUGUUGGGGUCCUCUAAGCCUUAGAAUAGCUGGGUCACAGCUGCCACUGUGGAUGCCUUUUGAGCCCUUGCCCACUUUGUGCAGAGCCCUGGCAGAGCGGUGGCUGGCUCAGGCCCACCUCUGCUGAGCAACUGUGACGGCCUUGGGUGGGUUGUCUGCUGUGAGCUUUCGCUGUUAAGCUUGGGAGGCAGAACAAAUAAAAUAACAUCUAGGAUUCUGAGGGUUGGGGGACCACUUUAUUGCCAUGAGAAAAGUACCGUGAGGAACCAGGGAAACUCUAGAGGAGAUCUGGUAGCUCCUUGGAUAGAUGGGAGAAUUAAGGGUGUCAGAAAUGGGGACUGUGGGUGGAUUCCUGUCUGGUAUGGACCCGCUCAGGAAAGGGGUGAUAUUUGCAGGCUAUUCUUUCUGCCCUGGGCAUGUUAUGUUUGGAGUCUCACUUGAGCUACUGUAGGCGGGUGGGAGCAGGUGAGGCUUCAGCCCCCCGAAGCACUCUCAGGAAGGGCAAACAGCACAAGCCUUCUCUUCAGCCACUUACUUUCUAAAAAACUUUCCUCAGAGCCUUCCUUAGGUUAACAAAGGUCCUUUGUGGUUAGCACAGGGCAAAGGGUGUGUUCUGAAGCACAUGUGCAGAAUAUGUCAGCUAGGGAGGCAUGACUUGAGGAAGCACCCACGCCCCCCCUGCUUGCAGCAGCAGCCCUGGUCCUUGGUAGCACGCUCUUGCCGUUUCCUGCUGUGACCUCCAAGCGAGUCACACUAGGUGUUUGCAGGUUCAGCCCAGGCCCUGUCACCUCCCCUAGCUUAGAAUGGCACUCCUGUCCUCUCCCAGCACACAUGUAGAGCAGUUCCCUGACAGCCAUUGCAGUAGUAGUAAGCCUACCUUUAAAAAUGAGGGAAGCCAGCAGAGUUGAGCAGCAAGUGCUACGCAGUGGCAGGAACUAACCUGCUUCUGAGCCAGGGUUGCUCAGGGAAGUCCCCUGCCUCACUUUGCAUGGCAGGCCUCAGCCAGGUUGGGCUCGGGGAAGAAGCAUAAGGAACAUGAAGGACUACAUCCUCUAACUUAGAGUUGGUUAAUUGUGUAGGAACUGCCACUGCUCUGCUUCACUUCUAUGCCUAAGGUGGGCUACAUCAAAGCCUUAGGGCCGUUCACACUAAAAAAGGGGUCAGUUGGUGAUCUAAAGUACACGAAGGAUGAACUGAUCUGCAUUAAGCAAUUGUGAGCAGCCUCCCAGAACCCCUUGCUUCUUGUUGCCUUUUCCUCCCCAGCUGCUUCAGAGGACUCCGAGUAGGAAGGUGGGGCUGGCUUUGGUGCCUCAGAAUAAUUAAAAAUGAAGGCAGCAGAGUUGUGGUGCAGUGGUAGAAUGCAUUCCUCUUUGCUGAUCUUGGGCUCCUGCUAAGUUAGCUUGUCAAACAGUCGGCGGGGAAAGCUUUGGCGAUUUGGGAGCAGCAGGGUGGAAGCUACGUGUUGGAUAUUUGUGCGUCUCUCAGGGUGGGCUUCUGCGGCCUCUUCUCCCCAGAAGUAAUAUCUAGACACAGCAGGUGACCUUCGGCUGGCCUCUUUCCAGGACAGACCUGUGGACUCCAUGGGCAAAGAGGUCCAUGCUGUGUGCCUGUUCUCCUUGGACUGCUCUGGCACAGUUGAUGGCUUAGGGAGAAGCUGGUUCAAAACAGGCUUUUCCCUGUUUCUCCUGAGGAAGUGAUCCCUCAUGCUAAUGCUCUAUUUUGCUUUUGUCCCUUUUGUAACCCGCUUUGAGGUUUUUUCUACAAUCAAGCGGUAUAUAAAUUUUAUGAAAUAAAUAAUAAAUAAAUUGUAGCAAUACAGUCUCUACCAGCGAUUCCCCCCCCCCAAAAAAAAACUGUUUGGAAUGUGCUGGAGGUCAAAACGUGACAAAUAAAUAUCUAUAAUCUCUAUUAUC